CACCAAUAUAGUUUUUUAUAAUCGACGACCGGUUCGACUGAUAGUACACAAAGCUUUAGCGUCACCGAAAUUUACCCCAUUGGCUUUGUGUAAAUAUCUCCAAAUAUAUAAAAGACUAGAUGUAGCACCCUCGCGAAAUCAAUUCUUCGCUCCAGCCCAAAAGAAAUAUCCCCUUGAUACUUCACUUUCCUCCCAAAUAUUUAAUAUGAAUCUCCGUCUACUGACCCUUGCCCUCGCGGGCCUCGUGGCUGCGAGCCCAAUGGAUCUUGAGGCUCGCCAAUCGUCUACUGGAGAUGAGGUCCGCACCGGCUCUUGCAAGCCGAUUACUUUCAUCUUCGCGCGUGCCUCAACCGAGCCGGGUCUGCUGGGUAUCUCUACUGGCCCCGCUGUCUGUAAUGACUUGAAGGCCGCCAAAGCAAACCAGGUGGCCUGCCAGGGUGUCGGACCUGCCUACACGGCCGACCUGGCUUCGAACGCUUUGGCCGCAAACACCUCCCCAGCUGCCAUCGAAGAAGCCGUCGGUUUGUUUGAAGAAGCGGUGCGCAAGUGCCCGGAUACUCAAAUCGUUGCUGGAGGUUAUAGUCAAGGCACUGCUGUCAUGGAUGGUUCCAUUUCCAAGCUUCCUGAUAAUAUCAAGGAGAAGAUCAAGGGUGUUGUCCUGUUUGGUUACACCCGCAAUGCUCAGGAGAAAGGUCAGAUCGCCAACUUCCCCAAGGACAAGGUCAAGAUCUACUGUGCUGUGGGAGAUAUGGUCUGCGACGGCACUUUGAUUGUGACUGCUGCGCACUUUUCCUACGUCGCAAACACGGGCGAUGCCACACAGUUCCUGCUGUCGAAGCUGAGCUCGUCGUAAGUAUGACCAAGGUGUAUUAUUCUUCCUUGCGAGCUGGCCUGGAAAUUGCGACCACUUCAAAUGUCUCUUGAAUGGCGCUGGAGGUUCUUGAAAUCGGAUCUUACUGAGUAUUGAUAUAUGCUACACUCCGCUAUAUGUAUGGUUUUUCCUGCCAUUAUUUCUAUGAUUUAUGUUGAUAUUUAAACCGAAUAUGAUCGCUGUCGCUGCUGAUGUCUCCUGUUCAUUUUGGGUCUCAA